UUGUUUGCUCUUUCUUUUCAAGUGAACAAAAAACAGUGUUUCAUUACAAACCGUGGAUUGGCCAAUUCAAGAUUGAAUCAGCUGUCUAUGAUGUUGGUCUUCAGUCUGUGAACGGAGCCUGGUUUCCAGCAAAACUCCCAAAAAUGGUUCAAAUUGACCGUGCAAUUGGUGUGUCUGAACUGAAGAGGACCUUGCCUCGCGAAAUCUUUGAAACUUGCAUUGUUGGUGAAGUUUGUAUAGAUGGCAGAUGUUUCAACUUGUAUGACGUUGUCUCUUCUGAGGCAAAAAAUGACCUUGCACAAAUUACCCUGGAGCUCAAGGAAAAGGACAUGGCUUUUGUUAUACCACUGGAUGAUUCUGGAUUCCUUAUACUGUUACAUUCUUCACACCUCUUUUCUUAUGAAGAUGCAAGGUCCGGUAAGGUAGCAGCACUUCAAGGCAUGUUUAUUUUCCCAGACUCUAGAGCUGUACCAAGAGAUACCAAGUGUGGACUACAAAAGACUAAGGUGUCAACAGAUAUAAUCCAAGUGAUACCAGCGCUCAAUUAUGCAGAAACAGAAAUGGAAAAAUGGCCACCAACCCAGCAGGGGGCCCCUCAUACUGUUUUGGAGAAGCAUCUGCAAAACUAUGCCACUCUUAUUCACCCAGGGCUAAUGGACAUUCCCACCAGGGAAGCCAGUAUGUUUCCUGACCAAUACGAUGUGCCUGGCGGUUUUACUCUGAUUGCCCCCAAAUGGUCACAAGAGACUGGAACUCAAUUAAAAUCCUAUUUUGAUGAGCCUUGUGGCUUUACAAUACCAGUAGUAAGGGCAUUGGAGUUACUGGCUGCUGGUCGACAGCAGCGUUGUGAUGAUCACGAUGAUGAUGUCUACUACUGUAUAUCAUCACCAGAGGAGGUGCCGCAGACUCCUGCUGAUGCCCAUGUGAAAAUGAAGGAGAAGGCCAUCAGUGAUGGUCAUAGUCCCUCAGAUGAGGUAGUUGAAAAAGUUGAGAAUCUUAAAAAUGUGCAGAAGCAUUUGUCUACAGAGCAGCCUCAACCUGAUUUGACAAAGGAGCGUGGAACCCUGGGAACAGCUGUAGUUACAGCUGACACUGUGUUGGAGAACCCAGUUCUUACAGUGUCACCCAAGUUGCAUGAUGUGCCUACAGAGCACUGUGUAAGUAUUCGCACUGAUGUUGAGAAAACAUCUCCAAUCAGUUCUGAAAGAUUUAAUGGAGUGGUUGUAGGUUUAUUCUCCAAUGAGACUCCCAUCCAAACUAGCAGUACACUAUUAACUGCAUCAACGGAAGAAGGUGGUACUGCUUCAAGUGGGAGAAUGGAGAAUCGUAUGCAUCCCGAGAAUACAAAGGCUGCUUCUGAUAAGAAAGUAGAUGGGAGAUCUCUUCCAAGGCGUAGAGGUAGGAAGCCCAAAAGGCACUGGAAUACCAUGCAGGUUAAAAAGGACAUUCAAAGAGUGCUUGCUUUACCAACUGCAAGUUUGCCUCUCAUUUUACCGGUCAACUCCACAGAAGCCAUUUUUGAAGACCCUACAAAAGACCAGACCGACUCACUUUCUCGGUCUGAGACUGUUUCUGCUAGUAACAUCAAUCAGAGAAGUGGUAGGGGCAGGGGACGAAGGCAAAAGGGUGUGAAUCGAAUUCUGAGUAAAGCCACACAAGAGCAAAUCUCUUUUGAAACAACAGCCUUAUCCACAAGUGUGUCAUCUGAAACUAUGCAUGACCAAAGAAUGGAAAAUGAGAAACUGAGUCCUUCAAAAGGAGACUGGCGGUCUCUUCCAAGGCGUAAAAGAUUGUGGAAUAGUGAUGUCAGUCUGAAGCGUUCAUUGAGAUCAGAUGCAGUAAAGAAUAUUGAUAAUGAUUUAAAAAGUGGCGAGACUAGAGUAAAUGCACAACUCAGUGCCACAGAAGGGAGCUUGUCUAGUGCUCCCAAGAGGAAGAUGGAGGGAUUUAGCAUGAGGGAACGAUAUGGUCUAAAGACCAUAAUCACAACAUGUGGCAGGGUCUUUGUCCCGCACGGCUCAGAUGUUCCUUGUGAGGACAUAGAAUAUUCAAGCAAUGUGCAAAAUGAUAGCUUAAAUGAAAAAAUGUUUGUUGAGAUGAGCAUUGACACAAAUACACAAAUGAUUUCUCCCGUGGAGAACAAAUCCACAGAAAUAGUGGAAAGUAGGGGAGCAUCUCCUUUGAUGCCAAAGGAUGAAUAUCCCUCUGGAGAUCCAGUGGUCAAUGAAGGUGAAGAGAGGCCUUUAAAAGAUAAGCCAAGUGUUCAGCAAGUUUCACCAAUAACAACACUGGCCAAACAAAACAAAUCUAGCCCAUCAGAAAUUGACAAAUACCAGUAUUUAUCUCCAAAACAAUCAGAGUCCAUGACUUCUACACUGAAUGAGGCAUUAUUUCUCCAACACACUAACAUAAAUCAGUCCAUUGCUAUUCAAGCAGAUGAAACUAACAGGCCACCCACAGUUCCUGACCAGUCCAUGCACUCUGACCCUACAGUAUCCUCUCCUGAGAAAAUCAAAAAGAAAGCAAAACAUGUGUACAGUGCAAUAUGUAUAAGUAAAUUCAAAACGGUACUCAGAAGGGGAAAGAGGACUAAAUCGCCUUUCCCUGGUGACAAUGGGAUAUCUGAGCCAGACAACACAGAGCCAAAAUCAAAAAAAGGAAAGCCUGGCUACAUCAUGGACCUGACGCUUGAUGAUAAAAAUAAUAAAGAGUUAAAAGACAAAGGAUCACAAUCCAUCAGUGUUGAGGGAGAGCACACCUCAUUGUCAAAUGGAAGCCAUGAUCCAGUGAAAGCUUUUGAAAUGAUUAAACAACCUAUGUCUUGGAGAGGUCUUAUUCACAAGGCCUCAAAGGAAAAUGGGUCCCUCAAUUUUGACACAUCAGCACCUUUUGAAAUAGUUAAACAAGCUGACCAGCAGCUCAUAUCAUCACUUAUUGGGGAAGGGGUGGGAAGGACAAGAAUUAGCUCUGAUGGCAAGGGCAGUACAGAGAAACUGACCACGGGUACAACGCUGCCCUCAGAUGCUUUGAGUUUACUUGCCGACUUGGCCCUUGGUGCAAGUAACGAUAAAAUGUUAACAAACUUAAAAGCCAAGCCUAACCAGGAGACCGCUGCUGGAGUCAAGGGCACUGGCUCCCCAGAAUCAGUCCUUCAUGCUCUUCUUCGGUGUCCAUCCACCAGAUUUAAAUUACCCCCCAGGUCUCCUUUCCCAGAGGGUCUUGUAGUGACUGGGGAGUUGAUUUUGGAAAUAUCAAAAGAGCAUUCUUACUCACAGCCCACCUCUCUACUGUCAGGUUUGUCAGGUACAUGCCCACAUGUUUCCUCUCCAGCUGGAUCUGUAGAAUCUCCACUGUGCUUAAAGGCUGGGCUGCAUCUGAACCUGCCCAGAGACACUGCAGCCUCUUAUCAAGAGGAAGGAGGCAAAACUGAAUGGAAGCAUCUGAUUUCUCCAAAUGUGCCAGUACCGUCAGCCCUCAAGACGAAAAAGCGGAGGUCCAAAAUAUUUAGCAACAGACGCAUAAUCGAAAAGGAAGGAUCCAUUCAAGUGAUGAGGAUUUGGAGAGAAACGUACGAGUUUAAAUAUGACAGUAGAUUAACCAAUGACAAUUUAGACAAAACUGUUACACGAGCGCUUCAUGGCAAAUGGAACUUUGACAUUGAAGACACCUUUGAGGAGGUCCAUCUCAUUUUUCACAUGUGGAUUGGUCUUUACUAUAGUAAAUCCACCUCCAGGUUAUUUGAUCUUGACAAUAGUACUGCACUUCCAAAGGGGAAGGACACUGCAAAAGUUAAGCAGGAUAGAAAUCCCAUUCAGACUCCUGCGUCGUUGCCCAGUGUUGAGUUAAGAUCAAAUGAGGACCCAGUCCGGGCCUUGCAUCUAUCAUCAGACAUUUUGGAUCUUUCUGUGAAAAAUAGUGAGCCUGUGAAUCUCCACUCAGUCUCAAAUCAAAGCAGUGAAGAUAAUAUUGCAUCACAUUCUGGUGUGAUAUUGUGUCAUGAGCAUGAAACGGCACCAAGGCAUUUACCUUCUGGGACAAAAGUCACCUUCACCAUUCCAACAUUUACAGCAUUGAUGGAUUAUAGAUCUGCUGUGCCCAUACCAGUGGAAAAUUCAGUUCCUGACAAAGAUGAUGACAUUGAUGAAGAAAAUGAUCUCAUCGCUGAUUGCUCAUUCUCUCAGCAUUUGGAAACAAACAGCGCAUACAAUCAGUUGUGUGAGCAAGCAUCAAAUAUGAGCAUAGGUAUUCGACCACAUCUACAAAUAGCAAAUUUAAUAAAUGUUUCAAAAAAUCUACAACCCAUCCAAGUGGCAACUUCAAAAGAAACUGGUGUGUUCCAUCAAGUAAUUUGUCCCAUAAAACCUUCAGUAUUCUCAAAACGACAUGGUUUAGUUUUAGGUAGGAAAAGUUUUGAUCAGAGCAUUAAAAAGAAAACUGGGAACGGAGUACCUGUAGUACUGCAGAAGGAGGCUGUGUUUGAGAAUGCAGAUGGUAAAGUGCUUUUGGAAGCAGAUAAAACCCAGGAUGGUUGCCCAGUGACUGUGAGUUAUGGAAAUGUUGACAAGACUUUAUUUCAAUCUGGAGAUGUAGCACCUGUUUCGGUACAGAAUGAGAAUGUUUCUGAAAUGGAAGACAGUAAAGAAGUGGCAGAUGAAGUUAGCCAGGGUGGGUGUCUGACAAUUGUGGAAGAUGAAAAUGUUAAGGAAAACACGACCUCCAAAAGUUCUGGCAGAGAUCAGGCUAGUAUUGCAGAGGAUAAUGGUACUGCUAAUGCAAAGGGGGAGCUUAAACCUUUGGUAGAUUUAAAAGAGCACGCAAAUGCAUUUGACCAUGUGGAGGACCUGAGAGAAGUUUCAUCACAGGAGACUAGAGUUAAAGAGCAUAUUGAGACUAUUAAUGCAAAGGAAGAACUUGAUGUAACAGAUCCCGCAAAUGUGGUUGAUGCAUCAUUCCAUGUCAUUGAAGGGAUUAACACCAAAGAGCCUGUGGAAGAGAGAGAUGAAAGUUAUACAGGUGAUGAUAUGAUGCAAACAGAGCAGAGUAAAUCAAAGGAAAGGACUAAGCUGGAUGGCAAUGAUUCUGAAUCUGAGAUAUCCACAACGAUGGUGGAACAUGAAGUUGAGUUUUUUUUGGGUCUACAGAAUGAUACAAAUAAUGUUGAUAUGGAAGUAUGUGAUGAUGAUUCCGAUGACAAGUCACAGAUCGAAGUUUAUGAAAACAACUCCAGUGUCACAUCAUUUUUGGCAGAGCCCAUAAUUUGUGCCUCCAUCAAUGAAGACCAUGAUUGUAGGAUGCAAAGGAGUGACACGGCACCUAAGACCCCAGUGGUAUUUCAUGAGGAGGCAAAUCCUAGAGAUGAUGCCUAUGAAAAAACUAGCACUGUUUUAAGUUUAGGAGACAUGAGCUCAAUGGCAUCUCAGCCCAUGUCUGUUCAAGAGCAACAAAAUACAGCUUCUAAUAAUGAUACUGUUGAAGUAAUUCAACAUGGGAAUGAAAACAUGACCCUUGAGCAGAGUAUGGUGAUACAACAAAAGCCUUUUGACAUUUGUCAAGAUGAGCCAAAUGCAACAAGUAACACUGAACCCAGCAAAUUAGAUAUAAGUCAAGAUGAAAGAAGCGAUUUAGACCAACAGGAUGUGACUGAAACAGUCAAUGGUGAUGACGAUACACUUGUUAACGAGAAUGAGACACAAAGUCAAACGUUUCACUCUUGUGAAGGCAAAACUCAAGUGAUCAGGAUGCACCAAAAUGGCAUGUCUCCUAAGGUGUGUGCAUCGCCCCACAACAGCACUAUUUUUUCUUGUAAUCAAAUGGUUGCUCGAAACGCUUUGACAAUGGAGAAAACCUCAGAAAUUGAGGUAAACAGCAUCUGCUCUACUCCCACUCAGGAUGAAUUUCCAUAUGAUCCAGAAGUAAGUGAAGGUGUCAGGGAAGUAUCUAAUUUGAAAGAGGAUUUGAACAGAGACCUGUAUUAUACUGACAACACUGAUCCUGAUGCCACAGUGUUGUCACCAAAAAGUCCAGUGAGCCCUCAUACCCAUGUCUGUUUCAAAAUGCCAUUCUCUGACAUUAAAGAACAUUGUGAAGAAACUCAUCCUGAAGAGCCAGGGCAGAGCCAGAGCAGCAAAUACUGUGGCACAAUUAAUUUUGCAGUUGAAGAUAACACUACUUCCCAACAAAAAGAUGAGUACAAUAACUUCACAGAGGGUGCACCUCAAAACGAUACUGAACUUUUAUACAGAGACUGUAAUGAAGACGAUUUGCAUGGAUAUUACCAAGAUUGUCCAUCUGAUCAAAGUUUACCAUGGUCUGAUUGCAAUAACUUCACAGAGGGUGCACCACACAACGAAACUGAACUUUUAUACAGAGACUGUAAUGAAGACGAUUUGCAUGGAUAUUACCAAGAAUGUCCAUCUGAUCAAGGUUUACCAUGGCCUGAUUGCAAAACAGAUAGACCACAGAGCUACCAUAAUUAUCGAUGUGAUAAAGAUUCUAAUGGUGACAGUAAUCCACCCAUUGGUUUCAUGUACAGUACUUCUGAGCUUGGAGAGCAUUCCUACAGACCAAAAAAGCUUUCUGAGAAAGAGAAGGAUAACUUUUUGUGGGCAAAAAAUAAUUACAAAUCAGACCGAACUCCAAAAAAGAGGUACAGAAAAAGCAAAUUCACUGGUGCUUUCUCUCGAAAUGCUGAGUGGGAUGAAGAAGACGCUUCCAGUAGUAUUCCAGACUUUAGCAACAGAAAAACAUGCUUUGAGACAUAUCGAACAAGGCCAACUAUGACAGUCACCGUUAAAAACCUUCCACAUGAUAGGGGAAGCAAUGAGCGAUUUGAUUGGCGUAGAUAUUUCAGAAGGGAGGUGGCUUCCAGACAACUAUUUGAUUUGAGUGAGGGGAAUAAUAAAUUUGACAUUCCACCCUCAUCAAUUGUCACCAUUCUUGACAAGAAAGGAAACCGUGUUACAUUCGAUAACUCUGCCACUGUAAAACCAUCAGGCACAAUUAGUAUGAACUCAGGACUUGAAAACUCGCUUAAUCAGUGGCAAGGUAAGGCUGAUGUGACCCGGUCCACAGUGGAUCUCGAGUAUCUUAUCUUCUCUGAAAAACUCAAUCAGAUUCUCAAAGAAAAUAAGAGUUCUCUCAGUACCAAAUCACACUGUAGGUCAAAUACUGAUCGCACUAAAUUUCCCAUGACUAUUCGGUUUUCAAAUCUUGAUGAACUUGAGAGCUCCACUGAACUUAGUAAACCACAACCAUCACUUACUGAGAUGAAGAUAAUAGUGGAAAUGCCAGACAGGAAAAUGAUAAGGGAGCCUGCCAGAAACGGCAAACCAUUGAAUCUCCAAAGACUUUUCUAUGAAAAAGGCAAUGAGGUAGAGUGCUUCAGGAUCUCAGAAAUAACAGAGCAGUGUGCUGUUUCGUACAAGUCCAUGAUGAAUGAUAUCUGUUCUGGCAAGACUCUUCGGCGCCAAACUGAAGCAAUCAAAAAGAAGAGUGAUCAAGAGAGCGUCAACCAAAAGCCUGGAUUCUGUGGACAUAUCAAGAAAGACAUGUUCGACAACCUUCACAACAAUCUCAAUUCUAUUGUGAGGCAAGCGUGCAACAUUAAAUAUAGGUUCUAUAUUCUUGCCACGUCCAAAGAUCCCUUCUUUGAAGAAACCAAGAACCUGUUGGAGAUAGAGGGCCACAUACAUAUAGAGCCAGAUGAGUUUGACCUUGAUGGCAAUAGUCAAUCCCCUCUUCUCAUUGUACUGAGGAAUGAGGAUAUUGCAGAGCAUGUAUGUGAGGUGCCUUAUUUGCUGGAGUUGAAAAAAUCGUCCAGAGUCCUGUUUGCUGGCAUUGACCGACCUGAUGACGUGGUGAACCUCACUCACCAAGAGCUUUUUGCUAAGGGAGGCUUCAUAGUGUGUGAUGAAACAGCUCUUGACACACUUAGUCUAGGCAACAUGGAGAAAGUUGUGACGAUUCUGGAGGAAUUAGACAAGAAAGGAAAAUGGAAAUGGUUUCUGCACUAUAGGGACAGCCGCAAACUUCGAGAAAGUGCAAGGUCCAGUCCUGAGUCAAGGAAGAAGCAGCACUUUAUAGACUGCUGUCAGGAAGCUGGCAUAGUCGAGGUAUUGCCCUAUCAUGACUGUGAUGUCAUAUCACGGGACCGACCAGACUACCUCUUCUGUAUAACUCGUCUCCAGAUCCAGAAUGCUUCUGUUCGGUUUCCUGUGUUUAUAACAGACACACCAAAUGAUUCUUUUGGAAAAAAUGGCAUUUUAACUAUGAACAUUUAUACAUUCUCGCGGAUACUCUCAUCUGACACUUGUUCUGUCUCAUAAAGUUGUAUUUUUGUUAAAACAAAAUCCAAUUACUUACAGUUGGUAAGCACACCUUUGUUUAUAGUAAUAAUUUAUUGUUUAGUGUAAAUGUUAAAAUCAAUAUCUUUGUUACUUUAUGAAAUUUCUUCUGAACAAUGUAUAAGCUUUCAAGUGAGAGCUUACAUCAUUCUUAAACUGUUUUCGAAAACCUCAAAGAAUGUACAUAUAUAGGUCAUGAAAAUAUUUUAGUAAGUUUUAACCUGGUUUCAUGUUUUUAUAGAUCACUAAAACUCUAAUAAAUGAACUGAUUUAU